UGUGCGAGCGAGCGCUGAGCUGUCCUUCCUCUUUGAGGCUGAGCAGCUGCGAGAGGAUUGCUGGACAGGGGACGGAGAGCUUCAGUAAACUGGAAAAAUGAAUCAAAUCAGUGCGAUUGUUUUAGCGGUAUUGUGUUUUACUCUGUGUUCAGGCGAGAGCUGCUUGGAGCCAGCGAUCACCCCGGCGUACUACACCAGUUCUGACGCGGUGAUCUCCUCCGAGUCCGUGUUCAUUGUGGAGAUCAGCUUGGUCUGUCGCAACGGAGCGCAGAGUGUGGCAUUGUAUGCUGAUGUCAAUGGCAAGCAGUUUCCAGUCACCAGAGGCCAGGAUGUUGGGCGUUAUCAGGUGUCAUGGAGCAUGCCCCACAAGCAGGCAAGCUCAGGGCGCUAUGAGGUGAAGUUCUUUGAUGAGGAAUCGUACAGUGCACUCCGCAAGGCUCAGAGGAACAAUGAGGAUGUGGCCUCGAUCAAGCCUCUUUUUACUGUCAACGUGGAUCACCGGGGAGUGUGGAGUGGUCCUUGGGUGUCGACGGAGGUACUAGCUGCUGCAAUUGGGAUCAUUGUAUAUUACCUGGCUUUCAGUGCAAAGAGCACUAUACAGGCUUAAAGGUGGACAAGACCAAAGGACACAGUGAUGGACUGAUGCUGCUUUCCUGUUGAACAUGCUGGGAUCAAGUUUGGCUGGUCUGGGAAAAGGAAAUAUGAUCUGAAGCUGGAUGAUUUAGCUACUCUGAAUAAAAUCUUUUUGUACAGAAA